AUGCAACUCUUCCUGAUCGCUUGGGCGCUGAUUACAUUGAUCCACUCAGCGCUCUUCAUUUACAUCUGCAUCUACGAGACAAAGGGGACCGGCGGGUAUUUCCCGGAUCGCAAGGGGCAUCUUAAGCAGGGAUAUCCUUGGCCAGUGACGAUCGCCUUCGGAAUCUUGCUCUUAAUCUAUCACGUAUUUAUGACCCUUCUCUUCAUUUCUUACUACCAUUUUAUCCGGGAUCGCCAGCUGGAGCUGGAGCAGCAGCAGGGAAGGAUGCAGUCGAUCCAAACGUAUAGA